AGCUGAUCAAGAAACCAUGUCUGAAAACACCACAGAUGAGUAUCCGAUCAAGACAGUAGUAGUCCUAGUCCAAGAAAACAGAUCCUUCGAUCACAUCCUAGGAUGGAUGAAGUCCCUCAACGCCGAAAUAGACGGCGUGACAGGGGAAGAAUCCAAUCCUCUGUCGGCAUCCGAUCGCAUCCACUUUGGCCACCGCGCUUCCAAUGUUGUCUCCGACCCCGGCCACUCAUUCGAGGCCACGUUUGAGCAGGUCUUCGGCGUCACAUUCAACGACGCCCCGCCCAAUCCGGCGCCCACAAUGGAAGGCUUUGCUCGGCAGGCGGAAACCAUCCAAGAAGGCAUGGCUGAAGUAGUCAUGAACGGGUUCACCCCCGAAUCUGUGCCCGUGUUCAGACAGCUGGUUUCGGAGUUCGCUGUCUGUGAUCGCUGGUUCUCCUCGGCGCCCACUUUGACGCAGCCGAAUCGGCUGUUCAUACACUCCGCCACGGCCUACGGCGCCACGGCCAACGACACGAAAAUGCUCGUCCAAGGUUACCCUCAGAAGACAAUCUUUGAGUCCAUGGAGGAGAGUGGCUUCUCCUUUGGGGUUUAUUAUCAGUAUCCUCCUUCCACCCUCUUUUACAGGAACUUGAGAAAAUUGAAGUACGUAAGAAACUUUCAUCAGUUUGAGCUGAGUUUCAAGAGGCACUGCAAGGAGGGGAAGCUGCCAAACUAUGUGGUAAUAGAACAACGUUAUUUCGAGACAAAAUUGGUGCCCGGAAACGAUGAUCAUCCGCCCCACGACAUCUCCGAAGGCCAAAGAUUUGUCAAGGAAGUCUACGAGGCGCUGAGGUCGAGCCCGCAGUGGAACGAAAUCUUGUUUGUGAUUAUAUACGACGAGCACGGUGGAUUCUAUGAUCAUGUCCCGACGCCGGUUGCUGGAGUCCCGAGCCCUGACGACAUCGUUGGGCCCGAGCCGCAUAAGUUCAAGUUUGAUCGGCUCGGAGUCAGAGUCCCCGCCAUAUUGGUGUCUCCCUGGAUCGAACCCGGAACAGUGCUGCACGGGCCGUCGGGACCUUACCCGACAUCAGAGUUCGAGCACUCGUCGAUUCCGGCGACGGUGAAGAAGCUUUUCAACCUUAAAAGCUUCUUGACGAAGAGGGAUGCUUGGGCAGGCACGUUUGAGUGUGUCCUAAACAGAACAGCUCCUCGUACAGACUGUCCAGUUAGAAUGGUUGGUGCAGUGAGUCUGCCGGAGCCGGUGAAGACGAGGGAAGCUGCGGCGGACGAGGAGGCGAAGCUGUCGGAAUUCCAGGGAGAGCUGGUGCAGCUGUGUGCCGUGUUGAGAGGCGAGGAUGCGAACACGGGCGUGUUCCCAGCUGGGAAGGCAGCGGAAGGCAUGAAAGUGGUUGAGGCAGCUGAAUACGUGGGUAGUGCCUUCCGGAAGUUUCUGGAUGACUGCGACGAUGCGCGGCGGAAUGGAGCCGAUGAAUCGUAUAUUGUCUGCGCCGCCAAGCCGCCGCCGAAACGUCGCUCUAAAUCGUUGGCGGGAAAGAUCUUUUCUUGCAUCACUUGUGGAAAUAAUUGAGGUGUAAUGGCAUGAAAUAAAAGUAUGUACGGUCUAAGAAAAUCUUAAAUAAAAAUUUUAAAAAUAA